GGUGCGUCAGAGUCCAGCUGAGCCGAGGAGGAAGGAGGAAACGCGGACUGGCGCGGAGAGGAGCGACAGAGCCGGGCACGCACACCUGUUCAGGAGCUCAGCGCGCACGGACCGCGGACGCACGCGACCCCACGGGACGCACGGACAUGGAGGGCUGCACGGAGGAAGAGUACAAGGAGAAAUUACUGUGGAACGUCAAACGGGAGGUGAAGCAGAUCAUGGAAGAAGCCGUGACUAAGAAGUUUGUCCACGAGGACAGCAGCCACAUCAUCGCUCUGUGCACUGCCAUCGAGGCCUGUCUGGGCCACCAGCUGAAGAGACGGGCGGCCGGCUUCCUCCGCAGCGACAAGAUCGCGGCCCUCUUCACCAAGGUGGGGAAAGUCUACGACACGGCUGGGGAGGUGUGCCGAAAAGUGCAGGAGCAGCUCCAGCAGCAAGCCGAUCUCACCAGGAGAGCACAGAGUGUGGGCCACGAGCCCCUGCGGAGACAGGGCUCGUCCACCACCAGCCGGCCCCCCCAGCCCCUCUCUGCCCAGGCCAUCAAACACAUCUGGGUCCGCACGGCCCUGUUCGAGAAGGUCUUGGACAGGAUGGUGCAGUACAUCGUGGAUAACUCCAGUAAAUACUAUGAGAGGGAAGCUCUGAUGCACGACUCGGUGUUUGGACCCAUCCUGGCAGCUUUACUGGUGGGACCCUGUGCGCUGGAGUACACCAAGCUCAAGACCUCCGAUCAUUUCUGGACGGACCCCUCAGCCAACGAGCUGGUUCAGCGCCACCGGAUCCACGGGGCCCACCGGGGCCAAGACGUGUCGGCCGGCCGCCGGCCCGCUCUGGGGAUCCGUAAGAGGCAGUCCAGCGGCAGCAUGUCGGAGGACAGGUUCGCGGCGUCGGCGAGGGAGUACGUGGAGUCUCUGCACCAGAACUCCAGAACGCACCUUCUCUAUGGAAAAAACAACGUGCUGGUGCAGCCGAAGAAGGACAUGGAGGUGUUGCGGGGCUAUUUAUCCCUUCACCAAGCUGGAGACACCCUCACCCUGAAGUGGACUCCCAACCAGCUGAUUAACGGCACGCUGGGAGACUGCGACCUGGAGAAGAGUAUCUACUGGGACUAUGCACUGACUGUUCCUUUGCGUCAGAUUGUCUGCAUCCACUGUCACCAACGCCCUGAUUGUGGAGGAACUCUGGUCCUGGUCAGUCAGGAUGGGAUCCAGCGGCCCCCCCUGCACUUCCCCCCCGGCGGGCACCUGCUAGCCUUCCUCUCCUGCCUGGAAACAGGUUUAUUACCCCGGGGUCAACUGGAGCCGCCUUUAUGGUCCCAGAAAGGAAAGGGAAAAGUCUUCCCCAAACUGAGGAAGAGGAGCAGCUCUGCCCGGCUGAUGGAGCAGGACCGGAACGGGGACGAGCAGACGGCCGCCGACUACGUGUUCCGCAUCGUGUACCCGGGAUACCGAUACGACGCCAUCACAAUAAACUACCACCACACCACGGGCAGCCGCGCGCCAUCGCUGGACGAUGACGAGGAAGAGGAAGAUAGGCUCCAUGCUAUGAUCUCAAUGAUCUGCUCGCGGAACCUCACAGACCCUAAUGUCAUGAAAGACCACGGGGACAUGAUGGAGAUGCAGGGUUUUGGAGGCAGCCCGUCGUCGUGGCAACAAGCCGAAGGAAGCGCUCACGAGUCCCUGUGCCAGUCCUGCUCCGCGGCCGCCGGGGCCACGCUGUCCUUCGACUACCCGGCCGGUUGCACCUGCAUCCACGACACGGCCGACAUCCACACAGUUCCUCUGAAGAUGCUCUGUCAGAACAUGAAGAGGCAGAUCGUCUCCAGAGCCUUCUACGGAUGGCUGGCCUACUGCCGACACCUGUCCACGGUGCGCACUCACCUGUCAGCUCUCGUCAACCACAACAUCGUCCCGCCGGACAGACCCUGCGAGGCGUCCGGAGGGCUCAGCAGAGAGGUGUGGAGCAAGUACCAGAAGGACUGCAAGAACUAUAAGGAGCUGGAGCUGCUCCGGCUGGUGUAUUAUGGUGGAGUUCAACACGACAUCAGAAAGGAGGUCUGGCCUUUCCUGCUCGGACACUACAAGUUCGGCAUGGGCAAAAAGGAUAUGAGCCAGAUCGACUCCAAGAUCAGCGAGCGCUACCAGCAGGUGAUGCGGGAGUGGAAGGCCUGCGAGGUGAUCGUCAAGCAGAGGGAGAAGGAGAUGCAGUCGGCCAUCUUCGCCAAGCUGUCGUCGGGCAGCAGCAUCGACAGCCACGUCCUGCGGCUGGUGCACAGAGACUCCACGCUCAGCAACGAGGUGUUCAUGUCUGUGGACGAGCCGGACGCAGGCAGCCAGGAGACGCCCAGCGGAGAGGACGGCACCCCCACCAUGACCACCCUGGUGCCACCUGCCGCCCCCCAGGAGGAGCGCCCCCUGGUGGAGUUCGACUCGCCCGACUCGGGUCUGCCCUCCUCCAGGAACUACUCGGUGACCUCGGCCCACUCCCAGAUCCUGUCCAGCAUCGACGACGGGCAGAGCACGGAGGAGGAGGGGGGGACCGGCGACGAGGGCCGGACCCCCGGGGGGGCCGGGGACGAGGCCCUGACGGAGGACAGGCUCUGCAGUCAGCUGGACAAACUGGUGACCAGCGGGGGCGCCACAGAGGGGACGUCGCCUUCACUGUCCUCAUACACAAUCGAGCUGUUGGACACGGUCGCUCUCAACCUUCACCGGAUAGACAAAGACGUGCAGCGCUGCGACCGCAACUACUACUACUUCACCAGCAGCAACCUGGAGAAGCUCCGCAACAUCAUGUGCAGCUACGUGUGGGAGCAUCUGGAGAUCGGGUACGUGCAGGGCAUGUGCGACCUGCUGGCUCCGCUCAUGGUCAUCCUGGAUGAUGAGUGCCUGGCUUACAGCUGUUUCACUCAGCUGAUGAAGAGGAUGAGUCAGAACUUCCCUAAUGGUGGCGCCAUGGACACACACUUUGCCAACAUGCGGUCAUUAAUCCAGAUUCUGGACUCGGAGCUGUUCGAGCUGAUGCAGCAGAAUGGGGAUUACACUCACUUCUACUUCUGCUACCGCUGGUUCCUGCUGGACUUUAAGAGAGAGCUCCUGUAUGAGGACGUGUUCGCGGUGUGGGAGGUGAUCUGGGUCGCUCCCAGGAUUUCCUCCCAGCACUUCGUCCUCUUCCUGGCUCUGGCGCUGGUCACAGUUUACCGAGAGAUCAUUAUGGACAACAACAUGGAUUUCACCGACAUCAUCAAGUUCUUCAACGAGAUGGCGGAGCGUCACGACGUCCAGCACAUCCUGAAGAUCGCUCGGGAGCUGGUGCACAAAGUCCAGUCUCUGAUGGACAACAAGUGACUGCAGAGGAGGAGGAGACACGGUGUUCCCCACCUCUGCCCCACCAGCAGGAGGGCGUCCAGGGUCCAGGGUCCGGGGUCUGGGGUUCAGGCUCCAGCUCCAAAGUGCAACUCCAGGGUCUGGGGUUCAGGGUCCAGCUCCAGGGUCCGGCUUCAGGGUCUGGGGUCCAGAGUCUGGCUCAGUGGUUUGGGCCUGGGAGCCGGCUCUGGGGUCCAGGUUCCAGCCCCGGGGUCUGGUUUGGGGGUCCAGGGUCCGGCUCCAGGGUCCGGCCUGCAUCUGUUUACAUUUCCUUUGACAUGGAAUGCUGUCGUGUCUGUUCAGACAUGUGGAUGUCUGCAUGCUCGUGAGUUUGAUCACCACUGUGAGCGCAUUCUCAAGUCUGGAGGCAUGGAAACACACACACACACACACACACACACACACACACACACACACUGCAAUGAUGACACACACCACAGUGGAUGAUGUGGAGACCUGAGGUCCUCUCCUGCACUGCCAGCAGAGGCCACCAGAGGGCAGGCCACACACACGUGAGAGGAGCAGAAGACUUAGCCACGAAGAAGUUUUCAUUAGUGACCAAAUGGACUGUGCCAACGACCUUUUCAUGAGUGUUUUCUACUACAAGCAUGUGUGUUUUUACCCCUUUUCUUCUCCUUUUUUGUCCCUUUGUCGAGAAUUCAUUCGAACACAAAUGUUGCCUUUAUCAGUAACAGCCCAAGUACUGAGUUGCACUUUUUUGUGAGGGGCUCCAUCACGGCGCCCGUGAAGGCCGCCGCCAGAGGCGCCGGGAGGGCCCAGACCGUGUGGGGUCAGCGGGGAUCAAUUGCAGCCAGCUUUUCUGAAGUUUCAUCAGCAGAAAAACUGUAGAGCACAACCACAAAAAGCAAGAAGCACAGCGGCCUUUUUAGUCACUGGAAGAUAUACGGCAUGACGGUGAGGGCCGCAGAUACCUUCAACCUCAUCAGUCUGCUGGAAUUACACCGGUUUUCAUUUGAAAAAAAAAAAAAAAAAAGUAUUGUCAUCCGAGAGUCCCAGCUUAAAGUAAAUCAAAGUAUUAAAUAUAUAUUAA